UCCGCCAUUUUCCUGUCCUCCGUGGCAUGUAGAUCUACAUUUGGCGGUUGUCCAUGUCGUUGAUUAAAGUAGUUUUAGGCCAACGAUUGAAACAAAUCUUCUGAAGCAUCAUGGCAGAGAAGCAAGAAUUCCUGCCCAUAGACACGACAGAUGCUUUUGAUGGAAUCUUCCAGGGCAAAGAUAAGUUCAGCAGUUGGGAGGAGUUCAUUACUCUCUUUGAGGAGUUUCAAAAACUGAGCCUUACAGUGUUCAAGCCCCGCAGUGGGACAUGUGUCAACUACGUCAAUGAGAAGAGAGUCACUCACAAGAUCCCAGACAAGUUUGUCUACCAGACUGUGAAAAUGAUCUGCAUACAUUUCGGAACUCCGAGAAAACGAGAGGAAACCAAGCGUCGUCAUAGCAGGUAUGUCGGUCUGAACUGUGAGGCGUUUGUGAAGCUGAGCUACAAGAAAGGAUUUCUGCACAUCACAGACAAGAACCUGGUUCACUCAAACCAUGGGCAAGAGGAGUCGGAGGAGGGGAUGGACUCGGUCAUCAGGAAAAUCCGACCAGUGUCAUACAACGACGAGCUAGAUCUGAUCAUCACUCAGGUUGUUGACCAGAACAAAGUGUUUGAGUUCAAGAAAGGCGACCUUCGGUGGCGGGCCACGCUGUUCCAGGUUCAAGACGCCGACCCCCGCCUACAGCACAUGACACAGCGCAUGCUGAAGAAACGGGUUCAAUUCCUCAUGGAGAGAUACCUGGUCAACAGCGGAGGACGGUCACCACUCUCAAAUGAUCACAUGGGCAUCAUUUUGCAUAGAAUGAUUGAAGCAAAGAAAAUGUCAGACUUCGCAGAACACAUUCCACAGAAACGAGGUCGCAAGAAGCGUAUGGUGAUGGCAGACGGCCCGACCCCGGUGAAAAGAGGGCGUGGCCGACCGCGGAAAGUUGCGGAGAGUUAUGAGGAAUACCUGAAGGACAAAGCCAAGUACCUGAAGAACAGAAGUGUCAACAAGUUUGAGGAGGACGAGGAUGAGGACGGUGCUGGGGAUGGGACAAUAGAUGCCCCGGACUUCCUCGAUGGAUCUUUCCUGGACGAGAGCAGCGGCUCGGGGUCAUCGACCAACAUGGAGAAGGAGAUGGCCGCAUUCUUGUCCUACUGGAAAUCUCGGGACGAAGACGAAAGAAAACUGAGGUGGAAGGAGAUGGCACUGAGGAGGGAGGAGAUGGAGGUACGCAGACGUGAGAUGGAGCUGCAGAAGGAGAAGUUUGAGUUCGAGAGGACAGAGAGGCUCCUGCUGGUGGAGUUGUUGAAGACGCAGGGUCAGCUUGUGAACAGCGCCAGGGUCCACGCUCAGAUACAGACGGAGGGAGAGGAGACGACCGAGUAUAUUGUGUUGAGUGACGGGCAGGUGGAACAUAUCACCACGGGGAAGACAGGGCAUCUCUGAGGGGGGUUAUAUGGGGUGGGGGGGGGGGGGGGUGG